AUGGCGGUGACUGCGAAUCAACCGCGCGUCGUCAUUAUUGGCGCCGGCAUAGUCGGGGUCAAUCUGGCCGACGAGCUGGUCUCGCGCGGCUGGAGCGACAUUACCGUCGUGGACCAAGGGCCGUUGGCCAUGCCCGGUGGCUCGACUUCGCAUGCCCCGGGCCUGGUGUUCCAGACCAACGCGUCCAAGACGAUGACACUGUUCGCAAAGUACACGGUGGAGAAACUCCUGACAUUGCAGCAGGGUGGGCAGUCGUGCUUCAACCAAGUCGGUGGCCUUGAGUUGGCAACCACGCCUGAGCGACUCGAGGAGCUCAAGCGGAAGCACGGCUAUGCCUCGUCCUGGGGAGUUGAGGCCCGUCUAAUCACGCCUGACGAGUGUCUUGAACGGCAUCCGCUCCUCAAUAAGGACAUGGUUCUCGGUGGCCUUUACAUCCCGGGUGAUGGUUUGGCCCUGGCGGCUCGCGCGGUGCAGCUUCUUGUCGCGAGAACCCGCGAGGCUGGCGUAAAGUACAUUGGCUGUACCGUGGUCUCGGGGAUUGAGCAAACGGAGGGCCGAGUGUCCGGAGUCAUCACACAGAACGGCAGUAUCCCUGCCGAAAUAGUCGUGUGCUGCGCCGGAUUCUGGGGCGUCCAAGUCGGCGCCAUGGUUGGGUUGCCGGUGCCUCUGUUGCCCAUGGCGCACCAGUACGUCAAAACUACCGCGGUGCCGGGUCAGCUUGGUCGACGCUCGUCGACUAAUGGCGCGGGCCUGCCAAUCCUACGGUAUCAGGAUCGAGACCUGUACUACAGAGAGCACGGCGACCAGUACGGUAUUGGGUAUUAUGGCCAUCGGCCCAUUCCUGUGGUGGCCUCGACGCUGGCUCCGACUCCCGAGGACGUUGAUGAGCUCAACAUGCCGUCUCGUCUCGACUUCACCCCCGAGGACUUUGGUCCGGCUUGGAAGUCGUCGCAAGAGUUGCUUCCGGCGCUUCAGCAAACCGAAAUAGCGGAUGGGUUCAACGGCAUCUUCUCAUUCACUCCAGACGGGGGCCCCCUUGUAGGGCAGUCGCCGACGGUAGACGGGUUCUACGUGGCGGAAGCAGUCUGGGUCACGCAUUCUGCCGGUGUAGCUCGCGCCUUGGCCGAGGUCCUCACCACGGGAAAAUCACAUAUUAGUCUGGCCGAGUGUGACCUGGCGCGAUUCGAGGAGGUACAGCUCACUCCACAAUACGUCCGCGAGACCUCGCAGCAGAACUUUGUCGAGGUGUACGAUGUCCUGCAUCCCCUUCAGCCCCGGGACUCGCCUCGCAAUCUACGGGUCAGUCCGUUCUACCAUCGCCAGAGAGAGCUGGGGGCCUUCUUCUUGGAGGCGGGAGCAUGGGAGCGGCCCCAUUGGUUUGACGCAAAUGAGACGCUGCUCAGGGAACUACCUGAGGAGUGGCGCCCGGUCGAGCGAGACGCUUGGUCUGGCAGAUACUACUCCCCUGUUGCAGCGGCAGAAGCCUGGAAAACUCGCACCUCGGUUGCCAUGUACGACAUGACUCCUCUUAGGCGGCUAGAGGUGUCCGGGCCGGGCGCAGUUGGGUUGCUGGACUGGGUCACGACCGGGAAUGUCUCGAGGAAACCGGGGGCGGUGACUUACACGCUGCUGCUGGACGAACAGGGCGGCAUCCGGAGCGACAUCACAGUCGCCAGAAUUCGGGAUGACUUGUUCCAGGUCGGUGUCAAUGGGCCCGUCGACCUGGCAUAUCUUUCACGAGAGGCUCGUGUUCAAACCAAAAACGCGCCGGAACGGGCCGUCCAAGUUCGUGACAUUACUGGCGCCACGUGCUGCAUCGGGCUUUGGGGCCCUCGCGCCAGAGACGUCGUUGCCCAAGUCACGACGGAUGACUUCUCCGACAAAGGGCUGCGGUACUUUCGUGUCAAGGGGGCCAGCAUUGCUGGAGUACCAGUCACAGCGAUGCGGCUAUCCUACGUCGGCGAACUUGGCUGGGAGCUGUAUGCGAGUGCAGAGAAUGGUCUCCGACUGUGGGACGCUCUCUGGAAGGCUGGUCAAUCGUACGGAAUCAUUGCGGCUGGUCGAAGCGCUUUCAACUCCCUCCGCCUCGAGAAGGGGUUUCGCUCAUGGGGCACUGACAUGACCACCGAGCACAAUCCUUACGAAGCUGGCGUCGACUUUGCCGUCAAGAUGGACAAAAAGGGGGCAUUCAUUGGCCAGUCCUCUCUCAGGGGGAUCUCCAAGGACACAGUCGCCAGAAAACUGCGUUGUAUCACCAUUGACGAUGGAAAGUCCAUGGUACUAGGCAAGGAGCCGGUUUUCUUCCGUGGCCACUCGGAAGGCUACGUGACGAGUGCUGCCUUUGGCUUUACUAUUGGCAAGCCCCUCGCAUACGCGUAUUUGCCUAGCACAAUACGAGAAGGAGAUGCCGUCGAGCUCGAGUAUUUCGGAACAAGAAUUCCAGCGACGGUGACAUCAGAACCACUCUACGACCCCGAAAUGAAGCGACUUCGUGGAUAG